CUAGUCGUGUGAUCGCAUGUCACGUCGCUCCCUGCAGGAAUGGCAGCCCUGUCCAUGAAGGAAAGACAGGUGUGCUGGGGCGCGCGCGACCUGUACUGGCAGUGUCUAGACGACAACGCGGAGGACGCGGCUCGGUGCCGGCAGCUGAGGAGCUCGUUCGAGGCCAGCUGCCCACAGCAGUGGAUAAAAUAUUUUGACAAAAGAAGAGACUACUUAAAAUUCAAGGAAAAAUUUGAAGCAGGAGAAUUCCAGCCUUCACAGUCCACUGAAAAUUCCUAGGCUCUUCCUGGACUUUCACACAAGUGGAGAUUACUCUUCUGAACUUUCAGAAAUGCUUUGACCCGCAAUUAUACAUCAACACGUGUUCUUUGUGAACAGCAAUUACUAAACAGGUCAAGCAGAAGAUCUCGUCAUCCAAACUGUAAAGGACUGAAUGGUAUUAAGUGUGCUGCUUUAAUUUAGUGAGGGAUCUAUCUUAAGAAAAAAUAAAUAUAGCUUUUAAUAAAAAAAA